AUGGGUCCAGGACGUCGCAUGAAGAGAAAACAGGGUGCGCCAGAGCCCCUAUCUGAAGAACAUUUUGCGCGCUUGAAAAGGAAAGCUGGUAUUCCUGUUGAUGAGGAUGAGCAGCCCACGAAAACUGCAGCGCCCAAGAGACGUCGCACGGCGAAGAAGGUUGCAGUUGCCAAGAAGAGCAAAAAGGCUCUGAUCGAAUCGGAUAGCGAAGACGAAUCGCCAGCGCAAGACGACCUCGACGGUGUAUUUGCAGAAAACUCGGACGCAAAACUCGGCGACGACUUCAUCGGAUCUGGUGACUCGGUCGUUGACUCUGACGAGGAGGUUACCAACAAGAGGGAGCGAUUCGUAUUCUCCGACGAUGAAGACGACAGCGACAAGGAAGAGGCCUUGACUGCUGCGAACAUUGAGGGUCUUUCGAAGAAGUUGGAUCUGCAACUGGAGAGGGAGCGCGCCGAGGCGGACGCUGAAGUCCAGGAGUCUGCACUGCAGACGAAUCUGGAUGGCGACAGACCAAAAGUUCUCGGCUCAUUGGAUGAAUCCAAUGAGGAACUUGAAAAUUCGAACUCACUUCUUGCUCCCGAUCUACAACUCCUGCGUCAGAGAAUAACGGAUAUCAUAAGAAUCCUUGGGGACUUCGGGAAGUUGGCAGAGGAAGGUCGCUCUCGCGCUGACUAUACCUCUCAACUUCUCGAUGAUAUCUGCGCAUAUUACAAUUAUUCUCCGUUCCUCGCCGAGAAGCUUUACAAUCUUUUUACCCCCCGAGAGGCAUUUGCUUUCUUCGAGGCCAACGAGGCUCCAAGACCAAUUGUUAUCAGAACGAACACUCUGCGCACUCAUCGCAGAGACCUAGCACAAGCUUUGAUCAAUCGAGGUGUGACUUUGGAGCCAGUUGGCAAGUGGAGUAAGGUCGGGUUGCAGAUUUUCGAAUCAUCCAUUCCUUUGGGAGCAACGCCAGAAUACCUGGCGGGUCACUAUAUCCUCCAGGCUGCCUCAUCCUUCCUUCCCGUCAUGGCACUUUCGCCACAACCUGGCGAGCGAGUCCUUGAUAUGGCCGCAGCCCCUGGUGGUAAAACAACGCACUGUGCCGCCAUGAUGAAGAAUACCGGUGUUAUCGUGGCCAACGAUCCCAACAAGGCUCGCGCAAAGGGUUUGAUUGGCAAUAUUCACCGAUUGGGUGCUAAAAAUGUCAUUGUCUGUUCCUAUGAUGCUAGGGAGUUCCCUCGCGUCAUGGGGGGGUUUGAUAGGGUUCUUCUGGAUGCCCCUUGCUCUGGCACUGGCGUCAUCGCUAAAGAUCCGUCUGUGAAGACAAACAAGACGGAGCGCGAUUUUAUGACUCUGCCUCAUACGCAAAAGCAACUCUUACUGUCUGCCAUCGAUUCGGUUAACCACGCAGGCACCGGUGGUUACGUAGUGUAUUCGACUUGCAGUGUCACAGUGGAGGAGAAUGAGCAGGUUGUGGCCUACGCACUAUCCCGAAGACCCAACGUUAGGCUCGUUGAUACUGAGCUGCCGUUCGGUAAGGAGGGCUUCACGAGUUACAUGGGCAAGACGUUCGACCCGAGCUUGAAGCUGACCCGCCGUUACUACCCUCAUACCUACAACGUCGAUGGGUUCUAUGUUGCCAAGUUUAAGAAAAUCGCGCCCACGCCGGCAAGUGUGUCCAGGGGCAAGGCCAGUGCUGACGGGCCCGUGCUACUUACGGAUAAGGCUCCCAUUGUCGAAGCAUCUGCAGACGCCGAUGGCGAAAGUCCAGAUGGCGAGUUUGGUGGCUUUGAUGAAGACGAAGACAAGGAAUACAUGGAGCGUGCAAAGAGGAGCGCAAUGAGGCGCAGGGGCCUCGAUCCUCGUUCCCUGGACCGCCCCCGGGGGGGUAAGAAGAGCGCGUGA